AUGCAAAACACCAAUGGAGUUUUAUAUAUGAUUUCUAUUUGGGCAAUAAUGAGCGGAAACCAUGCAGUUAUUAUGAACUGUAAAAUUUAUUUAGAUUAUGUUGAGAGAGCGGUUUUUUUAAAAGAGCAUGAUGAAGGGCUCUAUGGAACAUGGUCUUAUUUCUUAUCUAAAAACAUUGUUGAUUUGCCAUGAACCUUCGUUGCUGGAUUUCUUACCAGUGUUAUAGCUUAUUUCAGCUUAGAUCUCAACCUCCAUGAUGAGUCAAAAUUUGUGAUUUUUUACUGUAUUUAUGUUAUGGCGCUGCAGUGUGGUAUGGCCUUUGGCUAUAUCACUGGGUACAUGAUGUCAAGUGUUGAAACAGCUCUUGCGUUUAGCACUGUCAUUCUUUUCCCUAUAACUGCAUUUGGAGGACAGCAUGUAAAAGUCACCUCAAUUCCGAUUGCUUGGAGAUGGAUUACCUAUAUCACUGUAAAUAUUAUUUAGCCUUUUAAAUGGGUCUUUCAAGCGUUUACAGUUAAUGAGUACAAUGAUUGGGAAAGAGACUGUGAUACAAAGUGUGAUCCUUUAGGACGCUUGGGAUGGUCUGAUGAGUUAUGGCAAGGGCCAGCUGGAAUUAUUGUUUUAAGCACCUGCGUACGGCUUCUUGCUUUCUUUUUAUUGAAGUUGCAGACUCGCAAUAAAAGAUCUUAA